AUCUCAGGACAAAGCCUGCAGUAUCAUAGUUCAUCCUCUUGGCAAUAACCUUCUGCUCACAUUACCGGACGUAUGUGGACACUGGACUCUGAUGAUUUCUUAGCCGAACAUCACGGGGCAACACAUGAAGACGUAAUAGACUCCUGUGGCAUUCAAAUAUUCGACUCUCCAUCUCCAACCCGUCAACGGGAACAUCCACAACUCUCGCUGUCUCGAAGCAUUUGCGCCUCUCAAAGGCCGUCUGCACCACACCCUCAUUCCAUAUCGUCUUAUCUGCUCCAUGCCACAGCGCGCUUCUCCAAGAUACACACUAUCUUCAUCCUGGCCUGUGCGAUCUCGCCCUUUGCCCACUUCGACAUUGACCUUGACCUUGAUUUGGGCUGGUCCGAUCGUCACGGGAGCAUAGAGAUAGCGGGGAUCAAGCAGGCUUUCAGCUAUGACCCGACUUGUCCUGUGGUGAAGCACGAUUGUCUCCUCGAUAGAACGAUUCAUAUAUAUCACGAUGGUGAGUCAUGGGAUAGUGCUUGCGGGCAAGCCGCCGCACCGUGGUCAUCCUUGCUCGCGGAGAGAUACGCGCUUCUUUGAUGAUGACACUUCUUGUGCUAUUCUUGGUGCCACCUGCAGCUGGAAGCGCCCGAACUUCGGCGACGCGUCGACGCGUGCAUACACGCGGACUUGCCCUAUCGCGCUUUCAUCUUAUAAAUGAACUUCUCUCUUCUCUAGGCUCCCGCGUUCAGCUUGGGCUUCGUUUCUGGUCGAAUUCUUUCAUACUACAUAUUUGAUUAAUUCACAAACAUAAUGGUUAAUUUAGGUGAAAGAAUUCGACAACGGGUAUUGAUCUUCGCGCGGAAAAGUCACCUGUUUCAUUCUCCUUCAAACAAUUCGCAGUGGCUAACUCGAUAAGAUCACCGUUGAUCAUCCACCAGACUCACGUUCACCCCUCAGGUUACUUGACGCCCGUAAAACCAGCCAGACGCCACAAUGCCUAAGCAUUGCUCUACAGGCAGCAAUGCCAUGAUCCCUCAGCCUAGAUAUGUGCCGUACGAGGUUCCCAGAUCGUCAGGCGGAAGCAAAGCCACGGUGUCGAGCAAGGCGCCACUCUCGGUCAGCAGAUCAACUUAUGAUCAACAAUCGCCACCUCAUCCUCACCCGCCCUCUGCCGCGCUCGAGCUGCACCCUAUCAUCCCUUCGUUGCCGGCUCGUUCACGCCGCUUAGCGCUCUUGGAUACUCCAUGCCCGCGACGAGGACGCAUUGCCUCGCAGCAUUGGGCUGUACGCCCAGAUGGGUCGGUCCUUAGGGCCAUACGGAGGAUCAUUGAGCGCAUCAAGGGCAAGAGCGCGCCUCUCUCGAACCUAGAGCAAGGUGGCGCCCCGAUUCGUCGUGAGACGUCGCUGCGACCCAACAUCCACGAUAGGUCGUCGACAGAGAAUCGUUCUGAGUGCGCGCGAGGGGCAAAAGCAAACACGACGGAUACCCGUGCGGCGCCGUCUCCCAGACACUGCGCGUCCUCCAUAAUAAGCACGUCGAAGGUAGCGCAAUGGAUCCGAUUCACGCGCGGCCCCUUCCGAGGAGACGUAGCCCGGGUGAUCGACCGUAUACCACCAAACUUCACCUGGGCGUACGUCGUACCCCGGCUGAGUCCGAACGACCACGCCACCCUAUCCAACACACCGCCCGCCCAUGGUCUAGUCAACCUCAAACUUGACUGGGGCGGCGAACGCAAGCUCCUGCCGUACGCCCUCGCAGCUGACGCGUUCGGGCGCGCACGGAUGGCUCGCGCGAGCGACUAUUUUAUGCUCGGGGGAUGGCACUUCACGAUGGAUGGGUUCCUGAUUAUGGAAGCAUCAGCUCGCGACUUUGAGGAUGUUUAUCCAAACCUCACAGUCAUCGUCAAUUACGCUUCCAAACACCACAUGUCCAACCUUCACAACACCACGACCGCGGCACCUGGAUCCAGCUCGUCGACCACUCUGUCAAACGCGAUCGGGGACGGAGUCCAUCCGCCUAAGAGGCAAACCGCGCGGAAGUCGACAGGCGCGCGUCCACCGCGUCCGAUACUACAGUCACCGAAGGCCGCGAUAUCCAAGUCUCCCAAGGUACCGAGGCCGCCUGUGAAGCCCAAAAUUGGCCCGCCUCCGCCUCUGCCACCUUCGCCUCAGCAGAAUCUGAAUCCGAGUCGGACAUCGACCUGGAUGCCCGUGGAGGAAGACGAUGCUAUGGAGGUCAUGGAAUGGCCAGACUUUGAGUCCGAAGACAUGGAGGACGAGCUGGCAGAGUCUGGGGCGGGCGGUGCGCCUCUCGGAACGGGACAGACAUGCCAGCGGUGUCUUGAGCGUAGCGUUGAGUGCACAUUCUUGACGGCGAAGAGACUGCCUUCCUCGUGCGACCAGUGCAGAGUAGUGAACUUCAAAUGUUCUCUACGCAGGAAGAUUAUAAGGAAGUCGAAGCCUGACUCUUCGGGUGCGGCACCUGUGCAGAGCGGCUCGGGAGAGAGACCUAUGUCCGCACGGGCAGCUCGCGAGCCUGAGGUGCCUCCACCACAGGCGGCGGCGACAACCUCUGUUCAUGAUAUGCCCAUGCCGCAAACGCCUAUCACUGCUGGCCUCGAGCCUUUUAUAGAGGCAUUCUUAGGAAGAGUUGAGGACCGGGUCAGGAAGACAGUACGGGAGGAGCUGGAAGGAUGGAAAGCGGAGCAGAAGAAAACGUAACAUUGUUAGUCUGUAAGUUACAGUAACAUGAUUGCGGCGUACUCAUGACUGUCUUGGGUAUAUCGUUGGGCUUCAGACGCCUUUUGUAACUUAACGAUCUGGCGUAAGGAUUGGUGGCUCGGGCUCCUUGCCCCUGAAAACGAUGUUAAGC